AUGAGUGGGAACCGGUUUGGCAGAUAUAUCGCAACAUUCACCAUCAACGCAGAGGUCGUGAAAGACGAGACCAGGAAUGAGAAGCUUACGCAGUACAUACCUGAUGUGACGGUUCAGCAAUGGACUACUCUUGCCGAUCAACUCAAAGCCAAUAUUGCGGAAGUGAUCAAGGAAGCCAAACAGCAUCUGGACCAGCAUCAAGGAGACGAAUUCGAAAAGGAUCACUGGGGAUUUUGGAAUUUGCGACGUGCAAAAGUUGAAGAAUGGGAAGAAACGCUUCGUCAGAAGAGCCAGCAAGCUAUCGAGAAGACAUUUCCUGGUGUCAAAAGUCCACCCGUCUAUCUGACUUGCGCAGUGGUAUCAUUGCUGGACGGAGAAGAAUUCACCUACACUAUCUGGUCGCGUAAAGCCGGAGCGUCAGGGGUAUCGGUUUUGCACGAAUUGCGUUGGAAGGUUGAUAUGGAUCCUGUGGGGCCGGUGCAAGAAUCUGCAGUCGACAAGGACUCUUUGGAAGGUUCUGUGCCAGGUCAAUCCCAGUUCACUGCUGAGAUCCCCGAACAUACUGCCAACAUGAAUGAGGGAGACGCUCGGUCCGGCCUCUCUUGGUCCGAUAGCCGGGUAAAGACUGAGGUCACUCAAUCUGUUCCCUCGACGGUCAAGGUUUCCAGCGAUGAGGAAGCCUGCAAAUAA